AAUUACACUUAAGGUUCCUAGCUUCCUAUUCGUCUUGCAGUUGUUUUAAAUUUUAUAUAUUAAAUAUAGUGAAUAUUUAUAUAUUUCGUAAUAUAUUUAAAAAACAGUUAUAGUUCUAUUUUUCAUUGAAGUUUGUUUUGAGAAAGCGUGAAAUUCAGGUUAUUCAGUGGUUCAAUACCGGACACGUGUUAAUGCGACACCAUGUACGCUCGUCUAAUCAGGUUAUCAGGACACAAGAUGAAUAACUUGGUUAGCUCAUGUUUGUAAAGCUGUUGACUGAAACAAAAGAGUGUCUUACAACAAAGUGUAUAAUAUUAGGUGGUAUCAUUUGACCUGUGUCUGGAUUAGGCGAAGCGUUGCUUUUCAUCGCAAGGACUCGCUAGCUUAAGGCUGCUAACUAGCUAGCCUUUCAAACAGCUGGGGUAAGCUGCUGUCAACGCACAACAGGAGCGUCUGGCGGUUUAAAUACACACGACUGUUCAGUACAGAACAUCCUCGGAAUGGAGUUGGCUCACAGUCUCCUGCUGAAUGAAGAAGCUUUAGCCCAGAUAACCGAAGCAAAAAGGCCCGUUUUCAUUUUCGAAUGGCUUCGGUUUUUGGAUAAAGUUCUUGUGGCAGCAAAUAAGGUGGAUGUGAAGGAAAAGCAGAAGAAGCUUGUGGAUCAGUUGACCGGACUGAUCAGCAGUGCUCCAGGUCCACCUACGAGAAAACUGCUUGCCAAAAACCUUGCCACCCUCUACAGCAUUGGCGACACAUUCACUGUUUUCCAGACGCUGGAUAAAUGCAAUGAUAUCAUCAAAAGCAAGGAUGACACACCUGCCUACUUGCCCACAAAACUCGCCGCAGUGGCAUGUGUCGGUGCUUUUUAUGAGAAGAUGGGGAGGAUGCUUGGAAGCUCCUUUCCAGACACUAUUAAUAAUCUUUUGAAGGCAUUAAAGAGUGCAGAGUCUCAAGGCAGAGGAGAGAUACUCCUCAGUCUGCAGAAGGUGCUAAAUGGACUAGGUGGAGCUGCAGCUUCAUGUCACAGGGACAUCUACAAGAAUGCCCGCUCUUUACUCACAGACAGGUCCAUGGCUGUGCGUUGUGCAGUGGCAAAGUGUCUGUCCGAGCUGCAGAACGAGGCAGUAUUCAUGUGGACCACAGAACUGGAGAACAUGGCCACACUGUGUUUUAAGGCCCUGGAAGGCUCCAACUAUGGUGUUCGGGUUGCUGUGGCCAAACUGCUUGGGACUGUCAUGGCCACAGCUCUGAUGCCCAAACAAGCUGCUGUUAUGCGUCAGAAUGUGAAACGGGCCACGCUUGAAGAAGUGCUGGAGUUAAUGGCCACAGGCUUUCUGCGUGGUGGAUCUGGUUUCUUGAAGAGCGGAGGGGAGAUGUUGAAAGGCGGGGCUUCUGUCAGCAGAGAAGUCCGGGUGGGCGUCACACAGGCUUAUGUUGUAUUUGUGACGACACUCGGUGGUCAGUGGCUGGAGCGCAACUUUGCCACCUUCCUCUCCCACGUUUUGGACCUUGUGUCUCAUCCAAGGGCCACCCAGACGCAUGUCGAAGCGGUGUACUCGAGGCGCUGUGUCUCCUUCAUGCUGCGUGCCACUCUGGGCAGCUUACUCGGUGAGAAGGCACAGAUUGCAGCCGGCAAAGAAAUUUGCCAAGCCAUCAGCAAGCAAAUGAGGGCCGUAGAAGCAGUUGUAAAUGACCUCAAUGGGGAGAACAAGACCGUGGCAGCUGAUGUCUCGGCCAGCCAGCAUGUUAUGGUGUGUGCCCUAAAAGAGUUAGGCAGCAUUGUUCAGAGUCUGAGUGCCACAUCUUCACCUCUCAUCCAGGAGCCUUCUAUAGGACUUCUUGAAACCGUGACCUCGGUGCUGCUACACCCCAGCAUGGCGGCUCGUUUGGCUGCAGCAUGGUGCCUGCGCUGCAUUGCCAUGGCACUGCCCUAUCAGUUAACCCCGCUCUUGGACCGCUGCGCUGAGAGAAUUAACAAUCUGAAGAGUUCACCUGAGGCUGUGAGCGGGUAUAGCUUCGCAAUGGCAGCUCUUCUUGGAGGCGUACACCAGUGCCCUCUGGGAAUACCGCACUCUAAGGGCAAGUUGGUGGUGAGUAUAGCUGAAGACCUCCUGAGGACAGCGGCUCAGAACAGCCGACUCUCCUUGCAGCGCACACAGGCUGGAUGGCUGCUGCUUGGGGCCCUCAUGACAUUGGGUCCUUCCUUGGUGCGUUAUCACCUUCCAAAGAUGUUAUUACUCUGGAGAAACGUGUUCCCUCGCUCACAGAAGGAGCUGGAAGCAGAAAAGGCAAGGGGAGACUCCUUUACCUGGCAGGUGACCCUGGAAGGCCGAGCUGGAGCACUCUGUGCCAUGCGCAGUUUUGUGGCCCACUGUCCCGAGCUGCUGACAGAAGAUGUUAUUCGAAGGCUGAUGACACCCAUUGAAUGUGCUAUGACUAUGAUAUCUCAUGUCCCUGCCAUUAUUAAAGUCCACGGUGCACAUCUGAAAGCAAGUGCAGCAAUGGUGAGACUAAGGCUCUACGACAUUUUGGCUCUAUUACCCCCUAAAACAUACGAAGGCAUCUUUAAUGCCCUCCUCAGGGAGCUGGUGGCAGAAUUCACUUUGACCGACAAUUCGUCCAACACCACCACCUCUUUGUUGCGCUCUCUCUGUCACUAUGAUGACAGUGUGCUCAUGGGCUCCUGGUUGCAAGAAACUGACCACAAGUCCAUUGAGGAUCAGCUGCAGCAUAAUAGUGCGUCUGGCAGUGGGGCUCUGGAGCAUGAUCCCUCCUCCAUUUACUUGCGAGUGCCUGUUGGUGAAGCCAUUCCAGGGCCGCUCCCUUUGGGAGUGUCGGUCAUAGAUGCCUCUGUGGCUUUGUUUGGAGUAGUUUUCCCCCAUGUGUCUUUCAAACACAGGUUACAAAUGCUAGACCACUUUGCAGAAUGUAUCAAGCAGGCUAAAGGUGUUCGUCAGCAGUCCGUUCAAUUGAACAUCUUCACUGCUGUGCUGAGUGCUCUCAAGGGUUUGGCUGAGAACAAGAGUACUUUGGGCCCUGAGGAGGUUCGCAAGUCUGCCCUGGCCCUGGUGAUGGGGGCCAUGGACAAUUCCAAUCCCAUCCUGCGCUGCGCUGCUGGUGAGGCCCUCGGCAGAAUGGCUCAGGUGGUGGGAGAGGCUACUUUCAUUGCCAGAAUGGCACAGACCAGCUUCGACAAGCUCAAGUCAGCCCGUGAUGUGGUGUCAAGGACGGGUCAUUCACUGGCUCUCGGCUGUCUGCAUCGAUAUGUUGGAGGAAUUGGCUCUGGCCAGCACUUAAAGACCAGUGUUAGCAUUCUGUUGGCCUUAGCCCAGGAUGGAUCCUCUCAUGAGGUUCAGACAUGGGCUUUGCACUCUUUGGCUCUAAUUGUGGACUCAAGUGGUCCCAUGUACAGAGGCUAUGUGGAGCCUACCUUGUCACUAGUCCUUACCCUGCUCCUCACAGUUCCCCCGUCUCACACAGAGGUGCAUCAGUGUUUGGGCCGUUGCUUGGGAGCCCUUAUCACUACUGUUGGUCCAGAGUUACAAGGAAAUGGUGCCACCAUCUCCACCAUCCGCUCAUCCUGCCUGGUUGGCUGCGCAAUAAUGCAGGAUCACUCAGACUCUCUGGUGCAAGCAGCCGCCAUCUCAUGUCUGCAGCAGUUACACAUGUUUGCUCCUCGCCAUGUCAAUCUCUCAAGCUUGGUGCCCUGUCUUUGUGUGCACCUUUGCAGUUCUCACCUAUUGUUGAGGCGCGCUGCUGUAGCCUGCUUAAGACAACUUGCUCAGAGAGAGGCUUCUGAGGUGUGCGAGUAUGCCAUGAGCCUGGCAAAGAAGGCAGGGGAUGGUAAAAAUGUUGCAAAUCUGAACAUCACUGAGACGGGGCUGGAGGGGGCACUAUUUGGUAUGCUGGAUCAUGAAACCGACAGGAAGCUGUGCUCUGAUAUUCAUGACACACUGGGCCACAUGCUGUCAUCGCUUGCUGUAGAAAAGCUUUCUCAUUGGCUUAAACUCUGCAAGGAUGUCCUUGCUGCAACAACAGAUGUAGGAGGAGCUGUUGCAUUUGAGGUGGAAAAAGAUGAAGACUCUGAGAAAAAAGACGAGAUGGACGAUGACAUCAUGUUCACGGGUCUAGGCGAAGAUGACAAGCCUAAGCCUUCAGUGGCUCCUCGUUGGGUGACACGGGUGUUUGCUGCAGAUUGUUUGUGCCGCAUCAUCCUGCUUUGUGAGAAUGCAGACAAAGCGCACUUUGACGUGGCAGCUGCACGUUCUGCAAAAUCCAAGAACCCCAAAGGAGAUCUGUUGGUGCUCCAUUUGUCUGAUCUCAUUCGGAUGGCCUUCAUGGCAGCCACAGACCACAGUAACCAACUGAGGAUGGCUGGUCUGCAGGCUCUGGAAGACAUCAUUAAAAAGUUUGCCUCUGUUCCCGAGCCCGAGUUUCCAGGGCAUGUUAUCUUGGAACAAUACCAGGCCAAUGUUGGAGCGGCUCUUAGACCUGCUUUUUCUCCUGAUACACCUUCUGAUAUAACCGCUAAAGCAUGCCAGGUGUGUAGCACAUGGAUUGGUAGUGGUGUUGUAAGUGACCUUAAUGACCUGCGGCGAGUCCACAACCUGCUUGUGUCAUCACUGGACAAGGCGCAAGCUGGAAAGGGUUCAUCCAGUCAGCUAUACAGUGAAAGUGCCACCACGAUGGAGAAACUGGCUGUGUUGAAAGCAUGGGCAGAGGUUUAUGUGGUGGCGAUGAAGAUAAAGAAAGAGGCAGAGGCAAAGCCUGAUAAAACAAUACGAAGUGGAGAUGAGGAUGAAGAUGAUCUGGGUGCAGAUGUGCUUCCACCUGACAGUCUCAUCACUUUAGUGCAGCCUGAGCUGCCCUCGCUGAGUCGACUGUGGUUGGCCAUGCUCCGUGACUAUGCUCUGCUCACUCUGCCUGCUGAGUUUUCCAGUCAGCUGCCUCCUGAUGGUGGUGCGUUUUAUACUCCAGAGACGAUAGACACAGCAAGGCUUCAUUAUCGCGGCUCUUGGGCUCCUGUACUGCAUGCUGUGGCAUUAUGGCUGAGCAGCACUGGCUUUGGAGCUUGUGAGGAAAAAGAAGAGGUUUCCUCCAAGGUUCCUGCUCUCCACUCAGGAGCCUCGUCGACUGCAAAGACCUUUGAGGAGUCUGUCAAAGACAGGAUACAUCUAAUGUUAGGUGUCAGUAUAGAGUUCCUUUGCUUUCCCAGGCCCGAGGAACCCAUUGAGCAUGUCAUGUCCUGCCUCCAGGCCUUGUCCACUCUGCUAGAGUGUCCCUGUGCAAAGACCCAUAUUGCAGAGGACCAGCUGUUGGCAGUGGAGCUCCUGAAUGUACUUCACAGACUGCUGCUGACCCGGGACCCUCCUGUCAUCCAGCUCCAGGUUACUGCUGUGGUACAGGAGACCAUUAGAGCCGCACUAAACCAUUUGCAGCAACAAAAGAAUAACAAGGGCAAAGUGAAGGAAGGCCAGAUUGAUUCUCAACUCAUCCUAGGCGAAGGGGGAGAGACAGGCGAGCUCGUCCCAGGCAGCUCUUUGGUGUUUGCUUCAAUGGAGCUGCUGGUUUUCAUCCUGGUCCGUCACUUACCUCAGCUCAAUACACGUGUGAAGGAGUCACCGAGCCAUGUGCCGAUGAGGCCUCAGCGACUACCGGAGGAGAGCGCACGUCUUGUGGCAAACACGGUUGCCAUUCUGGCUGAACUACCCUCGCUCUGCUCUCCUGCUGGCAGCAUGACCAUCCUACCUACUGUGCUCUUUUUAAUUACGGGGGUGCUGAGAGAAACUGCAGUCAAGACUGCUGACAACUCAGUAUCUACGUCCGUGUCUGCUGCGCUGCAGGGAAUCAAGACCAUUAUCACCUCCCCAGUGGCUCAUGUGGAUAACCUGCAGGCGCAGUGGACUGCCCUUGUGAGAAGCAGUCUGGCCUCUGUACUUGAGGACUCACAGCCAGAUGAGUCCAGGCCUGAUUUGGAUGAGAUCAGCAUGUUGACAGCGAUUACACUCUUCCUGCUCUCUGCUAGUAAUGAACUUGUAGGGGUGACUGUCCUGCAGAAGGGCUGCAUGGAGCGCUUCCGUAAUGCCCUCAAAUCUAGCGAUCCAUGGGUUCAGGCACGGUGUUACCAGCUGCUGCUGUCAGUGUUUCAGCAUUCCACCCGCCCCCUUUCUACCCCGUACAUUCAUGCUCUGGCUCCCCUCAUGGUGGAGAAACUGAAGGCGGUUGAACGCAGUCGGCCAAGGACUGUCGCCGAGCUGCAGGCUGUGCAGGAGGGCAUCAAGGUCCUGGAGAAUCUGGUCGGAAUGGGUGAGGAGCAGAAUCGUGUGCAGUUGGUGGCUCUUCUUGUUCCAACUCUCAUCUCCUACCUUUUGGAUGAAAAUACCAUUCCCUCUGCCUCCCAAGCUUCCAAAGACUUACAUGACUUUGCCCUUCAGAACUUAAUGCGUAUAGGUCCUCUAUAUCCAGCUGCCUUCAAGACAGUAAUUGGUGCUGCACCUGAGCUUAAAACCCACCUGGAAUCUGCUGUUCGGGCAAACCAGGCCAGCAGCAAAGCCAGAGAUGCAGCACGACAAGCUCAACCAACAGUCCAAGCUGCACCGACCAUCAAACUCAAGACCAGCUUCUUCUAAAACCUUCAAAAGCUCUGAACACUUUCACAGAUUACAUUCAUGUCUCUUAGUUUGCUGUGAUUCUUGUCCACAUAAUGUCUGUAUCAAGUAGAAUGUAGCCAUCUUUACAAAUUGAAAUUAUGUACACAUUGGUUGAGUUCCUUUUUGAAUGUUCACCCGAAAUGUUCUCCUUGUAUAAUCUGUUGUACAUAUAUGAUUGUGCAUGUGUAUCGUAUGCUCAUUUGGUAUGUGACAUUUACUUUUCCCUUAUGCUACUUUUUAAAAAAAUCUAAUUUCUUAUUUUUCCAUCACCAUAAGCCUUACAGUAAUCAUUUCCAUUAUCUUCUGUUUUUGAGUAAUGUACAUUCCAAUGCCAUAUUUUAAUCAUAUGAUUAUUCUGAGCCUCAGGCUACAGUAUGUUGCAUAUGAGCUUAGCAUAUCAUAUAUAUAAAUAUAUUAAAAAAAAGUUUAUGGUUAUUCUAUAAUUUAGCUUGGAUCAGAAAUGACUGCCAUCGUUAGUUUGAUAGUAUAGAUCACAUGAGUCAAACUAAGAGCCCAAUUGGGUUUCUAGUUAUUUUAAUUUGGGCAGGAAAUGUGUACCAUGACUUCAAUUGUACUGUUUCUGUUGUUUUUUUCCAUUUUAAAUGCUAGUUAUCCACCAAGUUGUUAGCAAAACAUGAUAUUAUGGUUAACACUUUAGUAUGGGGGACAUAUUCUAAGUAACAAAGACUUAAUUUAGAGUUAUUUGGACACUAGGGGAACAUAUAUAAUUCUAAAGGUUAUUGAGGGAAGACUAUUAGUUAAUGGCUUACUGGUUGUAUAAUAAGGCCAUGCAGAAGAAUGUAUUAAUAAGUACUAAAUAAUGACUAAUUAAGAGCCAAUAUGUUACUAAUUUGCAUGUUAAUAAGAAACGAAUUAAUGGUGAAUAUGUUCCCCAUACUAAAGUGUUACCGAUACUAUGAUAUAUUUUGUUUUGACAGUGACAACCAGCCCUCUGAGAGCAACCAAAACCUGAAUGAGGCCAUUGUAUAGAUUUUUACUUAGAAAUUCCCAUCGUACAAAUAAAGUUGUGUUG